UGUGCCCUGUGGAACCCUACGGAUGGAGAGGUUAUUGGGGGGGGUUUCCAUGCCUGCACUGCCACUCCCGCAUGCACCCAGGGCCUGGAGCGGACAGAGCAUGAAGGCUUCGGUGGGGGUAACACAGCCUGGGAGGAGGAGAAGCUGUCCAAGUACCAGCACAGCGAGACCCGUCUGCUGGAGGUGCUGGAGGGUGUCUGUGCCCCCUCGGACUUCGCCUGUCACCAGCUGCUGGAGCGGAGCGAGGAGCACGUGGAGCAGUGGUGGUUCCAUGAGCAGCAGCAGCACCCUGACUUUUUCCAGUGGCUGUGUGUGGACAAGCUGAUGCUUUGCUGCCCGCCCGGUACCUAUGGCCCGGACUGCCGUUCCUGUGCGGGCGGGCCCCGGCAGCCCUGCAGCGGCAACGGGCGCUGCGAUGGUGACGGCACGCGCCGUGGCACCGGCCUCUGCGUCUGCAGCCCCGGCUACGGCGGCCCCUUCUGCGCCGAGUGCGGGGAUGGCUACUAUGAGGCCUCACGGAACAAGAGCCACCUCGUGUGUGCUGAGUGCUACCAGGCGUGCGGGCGCUGCACGGGUCCCGAGGACUCCAGCUGCCUUCGCUGCAAGAGGGGCUGGGUGCUGCAUGAGCACCGCUGCAUCGAUAUAGAUGAGUGUGGCACAGAGAUGGCGCACUGCCGAGCCAACCAGUACUGCGUCAACACAGAGGGCUCCUACGAGUGCCGAGACUGCUCCACGGCUUGCAUCGGCUGCAUGGGCGCCGGGCCGGCUCGCUGUAAGAAAUGCAACAAGGGCUACUGGCGGGACGGAGCCAAGUGUCUGGAUGUGGAUGAGUGUGCCAGUGCCGAGGAGCCAGUGUGCACAGGGGUGCAGGAGGUGUGUGAGAACACAGAGGGCAGCUACCGGUGCGUCUGUGCCCAAGGCCACGUCCGCCGAGACGGGCAGUGCGUGGAGGACAAGCCCCCUGAUGCCCCAGAGAAGGGCUUCUUUGAUGACGUGACUGAUGACGAGGUGGUGGUGCUGCAGCAGAUGUUCUUUGGUGUGAUGAUCUGUGCCCUCGCCACGCUGGCUGCCAAGGGUGACAUGGUCUUCACCGCCAUCUUCAUUGGCGCCGUGGCUGCCAUGGCUGGCUACUGGCUCUCUGACCGCAGUGACCGUGUCCUCGAUGGCUUCAUGAAGGGCAGAUAGCUCUGGAGCUGCUGGGCACAAGCAGAGGGGCAGACUCAGCUUGGGGUGCAGGGCCUCCCCCAAGCAGGGCUGGCUGCCAAGGCUGCAUCCUGUAGAUGAUGCUGUGCCCUGCAUGCGUCCCCCAGCCCCCCCUUAGCAUAGGGUCUUGUUUUCCCUGUCCCUGCAGAAUGAGCCAGGAGUACCUGAUCCUGGGGGCUCCCACACAGCCCCCUCUGGAUGGAGGGGUGAUGCCAGGCAGUGCAGCAUCGUGUGGGGGGCACAGCAUGCUGCCCCCAGCUCCUCGUGCUCUGGAGGAGAGGCCGGGCAUUGUGACAGGUGAGGGGGU